CUUCUCUUCUGCCAGGUGGCAAGUCUAUUCGCGCUAUUUCACGGACGCAUCCCGCACAUGUCAAAAUGAAGCGCGAAUUUUAUUUGUUUUUACUGAUUUUUGUGUUCCAAAAUGUGGUUGAAUCGGCUAAAUUGAACCACCCGCGAGUUCUGUUGCCCAUAUUCCAGGACAGAUCCAUCAAUUUUACGCUGGAAGUGGUUGAUCCCAAUUGCUACAAAUGGACUUCUUCGAGACAGGAUUUGAUAACAGUUACACCGCUAUACCAGGGAUUCAGCGAAUGCGCCAGUCGGGCCAUUGUCACAGUGCAGACCCGCGAGAAGCGACGCAACACGGCGAUUGUAUUCGCCGAGGAAGUCGCUACAGGCGCCACUCUGCGCUGCGACGUCAUUGUGGACACCAUUGAGCGCCUGAAUGUGCGCACUACGACGCGGCAACUGUACCUGGAGGAGGCGCCGGCUACGUUUGAACUGCACGCCUUUGAUUCGCAGGGCAAUGAGUUCUUUACACUGGAGGGCAUUGAGUUUAAUUGGGACAUAUCCGCAUCCACUAGCAAUAUGCCGCCAGCUCUGCGUUUUCUCACCUUCUCCGACAGUCCAUAUCAUGUGGUGCCGCCGGCUCUGGAGAAAUUCGAAGCAGCCGGUAUCAAGGGUUAUAUGAUAUUGUUGGAGGGCAUCAAUACGGGCACCUCCAAGGUGGCUAUUAGUAUGCCGCAGCCUGAAUACCGUAAUGUAGCCCCGGUUGAGGUGUACAUCAGUGUGCUGGCCAACAUUAUUAUUGAACCGUCUGAUGUUACUGUUUUGGCUGGUGAUACCAUCAACUUUCGAAUUCUCCAACUUAAAAUGGACCGACUUUAUGAGAUCACUUCCAAUCAGCAGUACUAUCUGGAGGUGGAGGAUACCGAUGUGGCCUACAUGAAGGGUAACAGCGCCACAGGCUCGCGUUUGGGACGCACUCAAGUGGUGCUAAGAGAUCGCAACAUGCCACAAAAUAGCGACACUAUGACCGAUAAGCCCAAAGGUCCAAGUGCCCGUCUAACUGUGGCGGAACCUCUUAAGUUGGGCAUUAGUCUGCUGCCGCACAAUAAUUGGGUGACAGUGCAGGGCGAGCAUCAUGAGGUGGCCCUGGAUUUGUACGCCGGCGAUGGCCAAAAGAUUACCCUCGGCACACGCUAUGCAAUUGGCUCCGAGCUGGACGAAUCCCUGUUUACCAUACUGAAGAAGACCAAGAAUGGCAGUCGCUUGUACGGCGAGGCAGUCAAGGAGGGCGUCACUCAGGUGUAUGGCCAUUACAAGGAUCUCUCAGUGCAGGCAGAGAUGCAAAUCUUUGAGGAGCUGCUCUUGCAGCCCACCAAAGUGAUUCUGCCCUUCGAUCCCAACACCAUCAAGGCACAAAAGUUUCAAUUCUAUGCAGCUGGCGGGGAUUACAACUAUGUGUGGUUCUCAGGCAAUCCGCAAGUGCUGCAAAUCGAUGGUCAAGGACUUGCCACAACGGAGAUUCGUGAUGUCCGGCUGCCCGUUGGUUCGCAGGAGUUGCUGGACGCUGGAGUCCACUUGGCGGCACAUACAACUGUGCGAGUGGCGUUGGCCAAAAACCAGAAAGUGUCUCGCCAGGCACAGAUCUACUUUUUGCCACCGCAGAAACUACAGAUUAAACAAUAUAAUUUUGAGACGGCUUUAAAGGAUUAUGUGCAGCUCCACGUUGCCGUCUAUGCCCAUGUCAAUGGCAGCUAUGUGCCCUACACCAAAUGUGACAAUUUGCACUUUCAAUUGGACUUUUCGCAUCAGAUACUGCAGUUGGACAACGGAGCUGCAACUGAGAGUUUAGAUGCUUUAGCCCCGGAGGCGUGUCAUGUGCUGAGAUUACGCAGCACCGCAGUGGGAAGCACCUUGCUGCGCAUCUCGUAUAGCUUUCAGGAUAAGGUACUGCAGGAUUCGGUGGAUCUGCAUGUCUUUGAGCCGCUAAGUGUGCUCAAUCCGCUGGAGAACGAGUUGGUAUUGCCAAUUGGAGCCUCCCGUAAUGUUAUCUAUGCAGAUGGACCACAACGCAUAUUUACGCUGGAAGCCGAACUCACCAAAUCCACCAGUUUUAAUGGCAAAGUUGUCAAAGUGUCGGAGAUUGAGUUUGAUACACAAAAUGCCAUCACAGCCUUCACUGUGCUGUGUCUUGGUCUGGGUGAAACGGAGUUCACUUACCAGGUGCACAACACACUGAACACACCCAACUUUGCUGCAUAUAAGGCCCAGAUUACUACCAAGGUGCAUUGUGUGCGUCCUCGCUUCCUUAAGCUGUACGCACGUCAGCAAUUGCGUCAAUCCUGUCCAGUUGAGUUGCGUUCUUCGCUGCUUUAUCUCAAGGAUGAGGAGAACAAGUUUGAUAUUGAAAUCGAGGUGCAGGAUGUGAGGAAUCGCAAGCUGAUGAACAUUAGUUCACUCUGGCUGGAAUGGGAGUUUGCCGCCGGCGAUGAGCGUUAUCAAACCGAUAGCAUUCCACAUCGUCAACUGGCUGAGGUGGAGCUCUAUCAUGGUGUACAGCUGCCGGCACGGGAUGUCUUGGAGCUGACCCUCAGCGAGGUGGCUCCCAACUUCCGCAUCAAGGGCACGGUCGCCCACUACAAUGACAAGCUGUUGGCCCAAUUGGACAUUUACCCGGAGCGUCCACCUUUUGGUGUUAAGAAUCAAAAAACGGGCGAAGUAACCAAGCCCAUCAUUGAGAACGAGAUUCGAUUCCACACGGUGAACAGCACAUUAUUGCCACAGGAUCAUGUGAGCAUUUUUCUGGCUCCAUCGCACAGUAAACGCCUGCCAAUAACCCAGGGCAGUGGCUUCUUUCAGCUGGAGCUAAGCGAACAGGGCAUUGUGCAGGUUUCCCAUGACGAGAAGCAUCAGCAAUUGGUGUUGACACCAUUGCGAUUAGGUCAUGUGCGCUUGGAGCUAACGGAUAGUUGUCUGACCAAUGAGCCUGCCUAUUUAUCCAUCUCUGUGGUUGGCAUAGGAGCCAUAAGUGUACAGGCAUUGGAUCACGUGGAGCGUACCAAUUCCAUUGAGGCCAUUGUUCGGCUUUACGAUACCAAUGAUGAACUGUUGCAGAUUGAUUCCAAUAUGCUGAGUGUUUAUCAGUUGACGGAAUUGGUUUUUGAUCCUACAAUAUUAAGCAUCAAGCUGGAUGAGCAGCGCAAUUUAGGUUUUGGCGAAAUACGAUACAGCAUUACAGGCAAUAACAUUGGCGAGACAAAGAUACUCUUCCAGACCGGCAAGGGGGAUCAUCAAGUAUCGAGUGAGCCGCUCAACGUUCAAGUCUUUGCCCCUUUGCGUCUGUAUCCGCGUAACUCAACACUGGUCGUCGGCUCCAGCAUACAAAUUUACUAUCAAGGCGGACCACAGCCCAAUACCAACAUUGUCUAUAGCGUGCAGCGGCAUCAAGUGGCCACUAUGAAGUCUGCCAUUAUCAUUGCACACAAGUUGGGCACGACGAAAAUAACCGGCAAAUGUUUGCUGAAGAACCCAAUUAGUGGCAAGGAUGUAGUGGUAUCUGAGGACUCGGUGGAUGUUCAGGUCGUUGCCCUCACUGCGAUACAAAUACGCACUCCUCUGGUGCGAAUACGCAGCGGUGCCGUCAUGCCAGCCACACUCUGGGGACAGCCUGAUCUAUCGCCCAUGGUGCUGGGAACACUGCAAAAUAUGCGCACCACCUGGACUGUCAAUCAGCCGGAUGUUGUCGAGGUCUUCAAUGUAUUUACAGCAGCAGGCAUCGAGUACCAAAGCAGCGAUUUAAUUUCAGUGCGAAUACGCGCUCUAAAUCCUGGCAAGGUCACCAUUACCGCCUCCGUGCAGUUGGCAGAUGGCGUCAAGCUGCCAGCGACGAGCGUGGAGCUAAUUGUUUUCAAAACACUGGAACUACUCGCACCAAAGCCCAUAACAAUGGACUGGAUUUUGGCAGCACCACGGAGUACGCUUCAGCUGAAAUGUAAUAUGGAUGAUGCUGUCUAUAAGUUGGAUGCACAGAGCAGCGGCAUUGUCAAUGUGUCGCCAGAUGGUGUCGUCCACACAAAGGAUACCCUCGGCCGUGAUCUGAUAAUUGCCAAAACUGUCGACCAGACGCUGCCCAUUGGCAUUGAAGUGAAGAAUGUGCAAUACAUUUUGGUGACUUUGCAGCCGGACAUCAAAUUGAAACAUCUGGAGCAUAAAAUACCACGCGGCAUGAAUUUUGUAUUUAAAGUAUCGUUGCAUGAUAAUCUCGGCAACGAGUUCUCCCACAACAUUGAGGAUGUCAAUGGAUUACGCUACGAUUUGGCCACCAAGGAUGUGGUCGAUGCACAGAUUGGCAACAAUCUGACAAUUGCGCUGAAUUUGCAACGUGAGACAAGCAACAUGAUUGCCAUCAGCUUAAAGGAUGCAACUGGAGUGAAGCAUGCCGAGGAUUACAUCAAGCUGUCUGUGGCCGACUCCCAACUCAUUUAUCCCACCAAGACAAUUUUCUCCGUGGGUGACAUCAUAUGCUUCGAUUCACCGUUAACAAUGUCAUCGAUUUGGAGCAGCUCCAAUGAACAGAUGGUGACGAUUAAUAAAAAUACAGGCGUUGCACGAGUGCUAAAUCAUCAGCGCAAGCUGGGCGAGAAGGUUGUGGUGACAUGUGGCGAUAAAAUGCGGCCUAGUGGUCACCUCAAGUACGAUCUGGAGUUGCGUGAAUCGGAUGCGAUUGUGUUUGCCAAAUCCGUGGAUAUAUUCAGCGGAUCGGAGUAUCGCGCACAGUUGGUAUUACGUAAUCACAUGCAAACGGACAAGUACAGCAAUCUGAUUGCCCAAAACAUAUCUAAAUGCAUAAAUCAGCUAAAUAAGGUCGCUGUGGAUGCGUUCAACUGUCGUCUGGUUGCCAAGGAUGAGCUGGGACGCAAAGUUCUCAAGCUUUAUCAGGUGGAGGCAAUAUUUGAUGCAGCAAGCACUCAGUAUGCAUGCAGCCUGCAGCUGACAUCCACUUUCAAUGAGCUGCUGUCCACAUUGAAGACAAAUAAUGCUCUCCUCGAGCUAGAGGCUGCAAUGCCGAAUGGCGUCAUGGAUACAAUGUCGCUGCAAUUGGUGCCUGGAAUUAAAGUAUCGCUGGAGUCGUUGCAUGUGCGCGAUUUAAAAUCGCAGGAGCUGCAGAUAAGUGGCUUGGACAAAGCACUUCAAAAGCUGCAGGUCAAACCAUCCGAUCCCAAGUAUUUUUCCGUCGAGUUAAUUGAGCAGGCACAUGGCCAGAGCAAAUAUCGUGUGCGUUUCCUCAGCGAUUUACCACUGGAUAAGCAAUUCUCCGUGCUGAUUUACUCCCCGGAAACCAAUCAGAGCGUUGAGAUACCCAUCGUUGGCGACUCGGCCUUGUUGCAGAAAUGCUCGAAUCAACCCGUUGGACCGCUGCUGCAAACUGUGAUCGACAAUCUCGGCUUUAUCGUGACGAUGAUGAUCAUUAUUGUCGUAUCGAUAUGGGUUUAUGUAUCCUUCUUCCAGUCACAGGGCGUCGUGCAAGUCAACUCCGAGGCUUUUCAGCCAAAAUCUUCCAUGUCCCGUACAUAUUCCCCCAAUUCUUCGAUAUUCAAUAAAUCGCCCAACAAUUCAUUUGACUUAUCCAAUCGUUCGCACAGUCGACGCUUCCAGCCCUCGCAAACAGAGGACGAGUCCUUCGUCUACGGACAUCCACAGAUGAGUUCACCCAACAGAUCUGGCAAUAUGCGUCGUUUCAAUUAGUUUGGUUGAAUGGGAAGAACGCUUUAGAACUGACUUUGCCAAGGAAGGGAAAUACAUAUAUCCUAAGACAGCUGUUAAACACGUAAGAUAACUUUAAAUAAUGCAAAAAAAAUGCACUCAGGCUUAAUAGAUUAACUCAGAUUAAAAAAAAGUGUCUGCUGCCAAAGUUGUAAAUUGAAUGAAGCAGAUUUAAUAAGAAAAAUGUAUUGAAUCUAGGAGUACGUGUAUGUAUGUGAAAUCUACUUGAUGUAUAUAGAAUAUUUAAGUUCUGACACUUUAAGAUAGUGAGUACGUGUAGUUAGAUAAGUGACACAACUGUGGCAGAAAAGAUUGAUUAAAAUGUUUGAUGGAACCGCAUCAAUUAAAUAAUUUAUUUAUUAAUCUAUAAACAAUGCGCUAAUAUUGAAUCACAUGUAAAUCUUGUUAAAUAUAAGAACUGUUUUGUAAUAAAGAGAAAAGUGUAAAAUG